GCCGCCCCUGACAGCGGCGGCGGCAACCUGGGCAUCGAGGACGUGACGGCGGCGCUUCGCUGGGUCAGAACCAACGCGGCGGCGUUCGGCGGCGACCCGGGGCGGGUCACCCUCGUGGGCCACGACACGGGAGCGGCGAUCGUCAACCUGUUGCUGCUCUCGCCCAGCUCCAGAGGACUUUUCAGACGGGUAGUGCUUUUAAGCGGCACGGCACUCAGUCCUUGGGCUACCAUCCACAACGGAGAUAGCCUGCGAGUCACUGUAGGGCAGCAAAUGGGCUGCCUGCCAUCCGAAUCACCUCCAGAAGAUCUGGAUAUUGCAUCCUGUCUCAGGUCCAGGCCCCUCCAAGCCCUCCUGGACGUCCGACUGGAGAAAGUCCGCUUCAUGCCGCGCAUAGCGCCAUCUCUCCCCGUCGACCCCGACUCUGCUGACCCAGCCUACGCGAUGGAACACGCCAGCGACACCUUCAUCGUAUCCGAGGUGAUGCUCGGCACCACCACCACCGAGAGCUACGCAGACUUCAGCGCCAGCGACAUCCAGUACGGCUUCGAAGAGGACCAGCGCAAUCGCGUUUUGAGGACGUAUGUGCGCAACGCUUACGUCUAUCAUCUCAACGAGAUCUUCUCGGCUGUGAGGAAUGAGUACACGGACUGGGACAAGCCCAUCCAGCACCCGAUUAACAUCAGGGACUCGACUAUGGAGGCGCUGAGCGACGGGCACACGGUGUCUCCGCUUAUCAGGGUGGCAUACCUCCAUGCACGACGAGGUGCCAAGACGUACUUCUUUCAUUUCGGGUACCAGACCAAAGAGAGCGAAUAUCCACAGCGAUUGGGGAGUGUCAGGGGAGAAGACCUCACCUACAUCCUCGGCCUGCCGCUGGUCGGUGGACAACCGUUCUUCCCUCAAAACUUCAGCCGACAGGACGCCGGAGUAGCCGAGGCGAUGCUCAACUUCCUCGCCAACUUCGCCAAGAGCGGAGACCCGAACGACGCCGGCACCAAGGCGGGUACCACGCACCGCGAGGCACCCGACUACGGCACGCCCAGAGAGAAGACUCGGUAUAAGGGGCUCACUUGGGAGCCGUACGAGAUCGGGAACCAAUAUUACCUCAGCAUAACAUCGAAGCCCAAAAUGAAGAGUCAUUAUCGCGGCCACAAGAUGGCCGUGUGGCUUAACCUCAUUCCUCAGUUGCACCAACCCGGCGAAGAAGAUGUUAGCAUGAGGCAUCAUCAUUUCCACGAAAGAGAGCCGCACUAUUACUCAGGUACCGUAAGAGCCGAAUCUUUCACAAGGCUACCACCCCCACUUCAUCCCUCAACUGCCACCGACUCAAGGACUACUAGAGGAGAUGGCACGGAAUGCAUCCCGAAUACAACGUCCGAAGACGAUUUGUUGAUCAUCGAUGGGGACGAUGACGAACUGGACCAAGAGAGCGAAGAGCUGCUCCAGCGGCUAGCCACCAGGCAUUACUACAGUUAUACUGCAGCCCUGGGCGUCACUGUUGGCGUGGGCUGUCUGCUGCUGGUUCUCAACAUGCUCAUCUUCGCGGGCAUCUACUACCAGCGGGAGAGAGACAGGAAGCGGCAGCACCAGACGCGGCUGCACCAUCCCAGGUCCAAUACCACGAUGUCCACCGAGACGAUACCCAUGUCCCAGAGACCGUCGACGCCAGGUAGCUCCGCUCGGCAGUCUCCAAUCGUCUCCAAGAAGGAAAAACCGCACGAGCUGCCGCCUUCGUACACCAUCGUCUCCAACAGCCCCACCUUCGAGGACUGCCCCACGAUACAGCGGGGCAAGCAGGGCAAGCCUCCACCG